UGGACGCUCCUUAACUUAGAGGAGACGCAGUGAAUGAGCGAGGGAGAAGGGGAGCUGGAGGAGAGGAACACACUCGGAUUCAGAUUUCAACAGCAGGACCCGCCGGUGCCCCGAGAUGUCGAAGAAAGGGGACUACAGCCCUGCAAAGAUCAACAAGACUCAGGUCAGUGAACUGGCCCAGGUCAUCUCUCGCAUGCAGAAGAAUGCAGACCAGGUGGAGAAGAACGUCCUGCGAGCUGAGGAGCUGCUGGAGCUGGACAAAGCAAACGAUGAGAACAACAAGAAGCUCCUCUACCAGAAGGAGGCUGCAGACAACCUGGCGCAGGCCGAGGGGCUGCUGAAGGACCUGUUCAUGGACGUGUCCAAAGCCAAGAAACUGCAGCAUCCGCAGGCGGGAGAGAUCGAGAGAGACGUGAACAACCUGCAUCAUCGCUGGGUGAAGGACUGCGCCACGUUCAGGGACCUUUAUGAACAGGUCCAAGACUUGGACACGGCACAGAAGAUCGACUGGGCUCCUGUGCUCCAAGAGAAACUGAACAAGUUGAAGUCCCAGACGUACGGACCCAAACUGUCUGAUGUGGAGAAACAGAUCGCAGAGCACAACAUCCUGCACCAAGAGGUGGAGGCCUACAACAGCCAGCUGCAGCCCACUACCACAGCCUCCAAGGAGGAGUAUGUUGCUCUCAAAAAGAAAUAUGCAGAACUCAUUGAGAGCUCCCAGCUGAGGCGCAGCUACCUGGCCUCUUUGUACGAAUACAUGCAGAACUGCAGCAAGGAGCUGGUCUACCUGUCAGGCCAGCAGGAUCGGAUCCUCCAGAGGGACUGGAGUGAUCGGAUGGUUGACGCCUCGGGCGUUCGUAUGGAGUAUGAGAAAUUCAAAACUAAUGGACUGCUUGCACAUGAGCGUGAGGUCAACCAGCUCCAGGCGGAAGGAGACCGUCUCAUUGAGUCAAAACAUCCUGGCAGCAGAACCAUUGAGAUACACAAAGACACCGUACAGAUGGAGUGGCAAGGCUUCCUUAACCUGUGUCUGGCACAGGAAGUGCACCUGAACAACCUUGACGCUUACAAGAAGUUCCAGCUAGAUGCAGAGACUUUGUCCGAGUCUUUGGACAGACUCAGUUCCACUCUGGAUCCAAAGUCGCUGAACAAAAAGAGCAACCCAGAGGUCCUGAUAACACUGGAGGGAGAUGAACCGGCUGUGAAAAGGAACGAGCAGCGCAUGGACGCUCUCAGGCAGCUCAGCCGCACCAUUGUGCCUCUAAAGCUACGCAGAAUCCAGCCCACCAAACCCACCAAGGUGGUGUCCCUGUGUGACUGGGUGGACGGACAGGAAGCAGUGGAACGUGAUGAGAUGCUCAACCUGAAGUCCUUCGCUGACGAUAAGAAGUGGAAUCUCGAGGACAAAAACGGGAAGAUCAGAACCCUCCCUGGGGCUUGUUUUGAGAUCCCACCGCCUGAUACUGAGGUGCUGGAGACCGUUAACAGCCUGGACAGAAAGCUGGCAGACCUGAAGAAGCGUAGAUCAGGGCUGAUGGACUCCUUGAAGAGCCCUGCGAUGGAGGUGGUUCAGUCCCAGAAGACAGUUGUUAUGCAAAGUUCUCCAGACGAUAUCAAAGCUGCAGAUGUCCUCAGUGACAUAGACCGGAUCAACAAAGCUUUGGACAGGAGUGAAAAAGAAAUUCUGAACAGACUGAGGACCCCACUGGAUAGUCACAGUCCAAUACAAGACCUGGAAAACAAACAGCGGGACCACGAGAAAUUUGCUCAGACGGUCAGAAAGCUGGAAUCUGAGAAGUUUGCCAUCCAAAGAGAGAUGGACCCCAUUCUGGCCAAGAAACCUCUGGGUCCCACUGCCUCCACUGUGGCGCUUAAACUCAGCUCCGCCGACAACAAGAUCCACAACAUCAACAUGCUUAUUGAGCUUUACAACAAAAAAGUUUUAGCCUCAAUGUUCCUGGAGAAGCAGAAAAAGAAGAUUGAUGGUUACGUCUCAGGGUUUGAGGACAAACUCGCUAAAGAUGGUGUCAUCCUUAGUGAAGAGAAAGCUCUUCAGACUCGCAUUAAUAACCUCCAGGCGAUGCAAAACGAUGCUCUAUCCAACAAAGACGAGCUGAGACAACUGGGCAAAGAUUUGGACCUGGUGAAGCAAGCGUGCAGCUCUCUGCAGCAGAGCGCCAACGAGUACUGCCCGGACGUCCGCCGGCAGGAGAGCGAGGUGAAACAACUGAAGAACAGGGACACGAAUGUCAACAAUCAGAUCCAAGAGAGGUUGGCUUUUCUAAAGCAAGGAAACAAUAAAGUUCAAGAAUUUGAAAGUGCGGUACAGUCACUGGAUUUUUUCUUGGUCAAUUUGCCAAAUAACUCGGUCAAACCUACCGACGGGCUGGCAGAAAUAAGAGCCAAGGAGAAAUCUCAGAGGAGAGUGGUGGAGGACAUCAAGAAGAGGUCUGCUGAUUUAGUCAAAGUUAAGGACCUGUCCAAAGAUCUGCAGAGUGUUUUAAAUGAGUAUGAGACAAAGUCAAAGGUUUAUUCUGGGACUCUGGGCUAUGAGGAGGAAGAAGAUGACGACAGCAAUGAGACACCAGUAAAAACUCCACCUCUGGCUAAGGAGGUUCAGAAAAUGGAGAAAGCUGUACUGAACCACUUCUCUGAGGUGUCAGCUGAAAACAACCAGCGCCUCCAUCAGAUAGAAACUGCAAAGAACAUAGUGGAGAGGAAUGAAGAAAAGGUCAGUCAGGUUGUUGUCAGUCAGCGGCUCCAGCUUCAAAGCCAGCAGAAGGACAUGGAGGCAUCCGAUAGUCUGAAAAGGGAGUUAAAUGAAGAGGUUAACAGGCGCUUGAUCGCUGAGAAAAAUUUGGAAACUUUCAGUAAGAGAUUUUUGUCUCUCAAGAGUAGAAGAGGAGUGGAGAGGUUGGAGGAGAAGGAGGUGGUGCAGUACUACCGUGAUCCCAAACUGGAGGUGGAGCUCCAAUCGCUGAAGGCUCGCAUACACGAAGAAGAUUUGAAGAAAUCAAGAACCCAGUCUGAGAUUGAAAUGAUCAAUGAGAGGAUCAUAACCACAGAAUUACAGCUGACCAAAGUCGAACCUAAACUGAUCACCAAGCUCCUCACGGAAUACGAGAGAGACCCCCAGCUGGAGAAAGAGGCAGUUAAGAUUAGAGAAGAGAUUCAGAGGAUUUGGCUAGAGCUCCAAACAAGAGAUUCAGAAACGGUUCACAAGAAAACUGAGCUCACAGUUCUGUCCCAGCAGAAACCAAAUAUCAGGGAGAAGGUUGUUAAGAAGGAAGUGGUGAGACUCGAAAAAGACCCGGAGAUGCUGAAAGCCGUUCUAACAUUCCAGGGUGAUAUCGCAGAGGAGGAGUUGAGGUGCAAGUCUCUGAAUGAAAUCAUUUUCACUACCAGGAGCCAGAUAAACAGUUUGGAGAGGGUUAUCCACACCAUUGAACCCAAAAUCAUCACCAAGGUGGUGAAACAAGUACAGCAAGAUCCAGAACUGAUUGAUGAAGCAAAGAGAAUAAAAACGGCCUUGGAAGAGGAGAAGGAUGAGAACGUUAUCCUGAUAAAGGACCUGACCACCUUUCAGUUACGUUACGGUGAACUGGAAAAGGUCAAACCUAAAAUGGAAAUCAAAGAGAUUGUCAACGAGAUCUACAGAAUCGAUCCUGAUACUGAAGUGGAGCUGGUCCGUUUGAAGAAAGAACUGCAGGACGUAAGCCGGAACCGCGUCAACCUGGACAAAGACAUUGACAUGGUGAUGGCAACACUGACCACCCUGCGCACUCAGAAGCCCAAGGUGGAGUACAAAGAGGUGACCCAAGAGGUGAUCAAAGAAGAGAAAAGCCCAGAGGUCACGAGGGAGUUACAAAGGCUGAGUAACCAAGUCUCCCGUCUGCAAGUCAACUAUGACACCACCCUAGAGCUGCUACUUCGCCUACGUAAGGAAAGAGAUGAGCUGAAAGCUGAAAAAUCUAAGGUGGAGACAAACCUUAUCACAAAAGAGGUCAUCAAGUAUGAGAAUGAUCCUCUUUUGGAGAAAGAAGUUGACAGACUUCGAAGGAACGUUAGAGAGGAGAUUCACCAGCGCCGCAGUGUGGAGGAAUUGCUCUUUGAGUUGCAGAACCAAUACAUUACCCUUGAGAGGCAGAAGCCAGAGGAAAAGAUUGUGACACAGGAAGUGGUUCGUCUCCAGAAGGACCCCAAGCAGAUCCAGGAGCAUGAAAAGCUAAACAAGAACCUGGAUGAUGAAAUAAAGACGCGUAGAAAAUUCGAAUUAGAGGUUAGACAACUGAUGGCUAGGAUUGAGGAAAAAGAGCGAAGUCUGGCAGAUAUGAACGAACGCCAGAGGAAGAUCCAAGUGGAAUCUGAGCUGAGGCAGAUCAAAACUCGCAUUUUCGAGCUGGAGAAUGCCCCGCCACCCGUUGAAGAAAAGAUCGUCAUCGAGGAGGUUCUGAAAGUGGAGCGGGACCCUAAGCUAGAAAAACUCACUGACGGUAUUCGGGCCGACUUGGAGACGGAGAGCACCAACUACAGUCGCCUAGAACGAGAAAUUCGAAACCUCAAGAUCAAGCUGGAAAUCCUUCAAAAGGAGAAAUCAGUUGAGAAGGUUGUUUACAGAGAAGUCAUUCGUGUAGAAAAAGACCCAGCAGUGGAAGCUGAGAGGGACCAUUUCAGAGAGUUAUUAGCUCAGGAAAGAAAUCUUAGGCAAGUGCAGGAAGCCAGCAACCAGAAAAUAAGCAUCCAGAUCAAGCACUUUGAGACCUCAAAGUCUGUGACAUCUCAAGAGGAGACAACUCUCGUCUCCCAAAGAGAUACUCUACAAAGAGAGAAGGACGACCUCCUCAGACAGUUCAGAAUGCUAGAGUCAGAGAGACAAAACAUCAGCAUAACCUUCCAGCAGCAGUCCAAACUGAUGAGUGAGAGGAACCAGCUGGCACGACAGAGAAGUCUCAAAACAAACUCUGAGAUACAGCGGCUGGAGAAGGAGAUCCUGAACGAGAAGGACAAAAUACACCAGAGAAACACGCUCAUCAUCGAGCUGCAGAAUGGAAUCAAGAAUGAGGAUCAUUCUGAAACUCACACCAGAGAAACAAACCUCUCGACAAGGAUAACCAUCCUGGAUCCAGAGACUGGUAAAGACUUGUCUCCCUAUGAUGCUUACUUACAAGGAGUGAUCGAUCGAAACAACUACCUUCAGCUGUCGCAGCUGGAGUGCGACUGGGAGGAAAUCACCUCAACCGGUCCAGAUGGAGACAACACGGUUCUGCAGGAUCGAAAAAGCGGGAAGCAGUACUCUGUCAAGAAUGCUCUUAAGGAAGGACGCCUGACUGAGUAUGAUGUGAGCCGUUACAAGGGAGGGAAAAUGUCCAUUUCUGAGUUUGCCCUCCUUGUUGCAGGAGAAAGAGAGAAGCCAUACAUUCCCCCAUUAACGCCAAAAUCUCCUGCCAAACCCAUUCCAAGCUCUCCUAUGAACUCAAUGCCAUCACCUCUUAGAUCCUCGUACAGCAGCCUGAACAGCAGCCUGAACAGCAGCCUGAACACUCACCUCACUGGCAGUUCAAGCAACCUCCUUGCCUCAUCAGGCGAUGAACAUUUCCCAAUCUCUGGCAUAUAUGACACCACCACCGAAAGCCGCAUGUCUGUGAGAAGCGCCCUCACCCGCAAACUCAUUGAUGCUGACACAGCUCUGAAACUGCUGGAAGCCCAAGCAGCCACCGGCGGGAUUGUGGAUCUCACCAAAAAGGACAAGCUGUCUGUCCACAAAGCGUCCGAGAACGGGCUCAUCGACUCAGGCCACAUGUAUAAACUGCUGAACGCCCAGAAAGCCUUUACUGGGGUCGAGGAUCCGAUGACAAAAGAGCGUCUUGCAGUGGGACAGGCGGCACAGAAAGGGUACAUCCCGUCAGAAAAUGCCAAGAGGUACAUGGAGGCACAGUACCUGACCGGUGGGUUGGUGAAUCCCAAUAAAGCAGGCCGCUUAACUGUUGAAGAGGCCCUCUCCACCAAACUGAUCAACAGCACAACUGGAGAUGAGCUGAAGAAUGAGGCUUCCCACACUAAAGAGCUGGUUGACCCGAUCACCAAAGAAAAGAUAACUUACAAGCAGGCUAUGGAUCGGUGCCGGAGAGACGUCACCACGGGGCUCUUAUUGCUUCCUGCAGCCUCCACUAACGUUUUGAAUGCACCUUCAUACUCAAACUUUCGUUUCUAGAAACAGGUUAAAAUAUUAGUUUGCUACAACCAGAGGUGUUAAACGGUAGAAAAUGGAAGCAACAGUUUUUUUUUUUUUUUUU